AUGGAGCGUCAAUCGCCCGCCACUAUGACUUCCGAGCAAUCUUCGUCUCUGAAGAGACCUCGCUCCCCGACUGAGCCCCAUCCCCUCCCGGCAGCAAAGGUCCCCCGGACUGCUACGAACCACUUGCAGAUCAACUACCUUGUCCGCCAGCACAAGGACACGAUCCCCCUCGUCACGGUCAAUGACAAACUUCCCGAAAUAGCUCGCCUGCUGGGGGAAUACGAUGGGGUUAUACAACGCCAUGAGAGCAUGGCUGGUAACCUGGGAGCUUGUCCUGUCGGCCCCAUCCUCGUGAAGCGGUUCGAGAAAAUGUUUGACGGGCCGCCCAAGAUUCUCAAAUCUCAUGCAAAAGAUGCCCAUGUUACCUGGUUGGACGUGGUCGAGUUUGCCCAGAACAACCCCAAGCAAUUCAACCUGGAAAGAACUCGCAAUGGAGUGCGGGUCUGCCAGUUCUACACGAAGCAGUGUCGGGUCGAAAUCUCGGAGGAGGACUUCGUCCUCAUCGCUAGCGGUAUGCCACAGAAACUUAUCCCACCGCAGCCCAUCCUCGAAGACGAAGAGAAGGAACUGGGCGUCAUGGAUCUCUUGGACCGCAAUCUCGGCCAGGUCAUCCAGCUGGCAGAUCAAGUGUCUGGCCGAGCGCGACAACUGAUUCACAAGAUGAAAGGUCGGCGUACAGCAAUAUUGAGCCGGCGUGAGCAAGAGGCUGAGGCAAAACGACAUGCGACAAGAAACGAAGCUCCGCCCAUUUCGCCCGUGGACACGAACGGGGUUGGCAGCGCCCGCCCAAUCAGGAGUAUCGAGGUCUCUCAGUCGCCUCCGGUCGGAUUCACCGCGGUCAAUUUGAGACAAUCUGCGCCGGGGGAGUUAGAUCUGCGGCGUCCAUCUUCCACCAACGACGUUCUGCGGAGCAGUGCCGACGAGACUUAUGGCUCGUCAAGCGCGGGAAAUGUCACCAUCAUCAAUGGCAAGUCGAUCAAAGAUGCAUCUCCAUCCCAGCGAGCCGAAAUGAUGAAGAACUUCUUGACACCAAGCGAGCGAGAAGCCGGUUUGACGGAAGAUACUGUUCGGCGUUCUUCUCUGGGAGCUGGUACUACUCGAACGCAGGCGAUGCAAGCGUCAUCCGCAGAGAAACCGCGUUCCCGUUCGAUCGAACUGGCCGCUGGAGGCGUGUCGACAGUGGCUAUCCCGAAUACCCCGGCCUCUUUGAUGCCUCAUAUGAAGCCAGUCACACUGGAUAGAGAUGAUGGCGGGCCUUUCAAGGCGGAGAUGGUGCGACGAAUGGACAACAUGUGGAAAGGCGACCGGGUAAUUCCUCCGUGCGAUCGAUGCCGAAGACUGCACAUGGACUGUCUGAAGAACCUCACCGCGUGCAUGGGCUGUACCAAGAAACAUGCCAAAUGUUCGUGGAAGGAGGUCAAGGCGGAAGAAUUGCAGCUGUCGGCACCCGAGUCCACCUCUCCCGACAGGGAAACGGCAGGGGGCGAUUUAAGCAGGGACAGUGCACCGCCUCUUUCGGCGGAGUCCACAAUUGAGGCCAUUCGUCAGGCAGAUGAAAUGCAGAGGUCUGCGAGCAUUGCUCAAGCCUCUCUAGACCUGGCAGGUGAAAAGCCCUUCGGUGUAAAGGACGGUGGGUUACGGGAGACGCAGGCCGAGUCCACUGCAAAGCCGGAGGCGGUGCCAUCGAGCGCUUCGACAGGACGAUUUGACGUCCGGCCACCGCCGUUGGUGCAGCAGUUGCAGGAUGCUGCAGACGAACGAUCGCCCAGUGGGCCAAGUUCUUACCCACCAGCGUUCUCGCCCAGGGAGAUGGACCGCGCGGACGACCAUGAUGAGGACGACGAGGGCGAUCGAUUACAGGCGCUUGCUGCACGAGUCUACCGAAGCGCGUCUCAAAGUGGUCAUCGCUAG